AUGCAAGAAGUGCGCGGCGUACUGACCGGGGUCGGAGUUGUAGGUGCAGAGGUGCGGGUGCGGCGCGUGCGGGGACGUGCCCGACAUCUCCUCGGGGAUGGCCUCGCACGACACGCGCAUGUCGCUCUUCUUGGCCGCCUUCUUCGUCGCGUGCAGCGACUGCGCCGUGCUGCUGCUGCAACGCAACCAGUCUACUGUACUCUGCUGCGCCGCGCCGGCCACCCCGGCCCCGCCUAUACUCACGUCGGCUCGCAGCUCGGCAGCAGGAUCAUGUCGUCGGGGUCCACGGGCAGCUCGGCGGCGCUGGCCAGCGCGCCGGUCGCCGCGUUGGCCGCCACGCUGGCCGCCACGCUGGCCUUCCACGAGGACGACAUCUCGGGCGAGGAGUUGGAGCGGCGCACCGGAUGCCGCGACUUGCCCUGCAAGGCAGACGCUAGAGUCCCGCGGCGGACGCGCGCGGCGCCGGCCGGGGCGCGGCUCACCUCGGGCACGAUGAGCAGCAUGUCGUCGUCGUCGGUGGUGCUGGAGGAGCUCUGGCGCUGCGGGGAGCCGGGGAUGUUGAUGGGCUGCGUGCUCAUCCGGCUCACAGCGGCGCUGCAACACACACACAAUGUAGCGCGCGCCUCGCCUCCCCCUCCCCCCACCGCUGGCCCCCCCCACUCACCUGUGCGCGGCGGCCGGCGUCCUCCUGUCGCCGACGGUGGACUCCGAGCUACAACAGACGCCAGCUGUGAGUGUGUGUGUGCCCAGACUGUGCCUCAGUAA